AUGAGGGCAAUAUUGCUUGUUCUUCCCGUGGCUGGAGCAUUAUAUAUCAAUUUGACUGCACACCUAACAGCAACAGAUAAUUCUGGCACUUUUCGCAAUUCGUCUUCAAUUUUUACAGAUGAACAAAAAGCUGAACUUUUGAAAAAUGAAGCUGACAAUAUUGUUCAUGCUCAAGUAUUCAACCAGAUAAUUGAGAAGGUAGCACUGGUUGCAACCACUGCACAGCUGGCCAUGGAAGAAAUUGUUGAAGAUCCUCUAGACUUUGCAAUAGAAGCCGACCGUAGUCUUGAUAGACGCAUUGGAGCCUUCGAAGAUAAAAUUGAAGAUAUGAAGGAUCGAGUGAGAGAGAAGAAAGAGGCAACAGCACGGUCUACCAAGAACCUAGUAUUUCACCCUAUUCAGGUGGUUGCCGAUGCCACUAGGGAUGAAGAUAAUGACUUCGACCUCGAAGACUAUGUUCAAGGAAACAAAUAUAACGAGCAACACGACUCAACUGGCUAUAGAGUAGGAAUAUAA